AUGCCAAAUGAACAAUGUAUUCGUUCACACGCAUCCUCUAAGACAAGGCCCGUUGUCUAUGAUAAGCAUCACCCCAAGCAUUGUCAAGAGAAAUCUAGACAAUUCGAUGAACGACAAAUACUACGCGUCACUUCCAAACCAUUUCCCACUCCUCGUACACUAUACACAAUGGCUUCAAUGGACAAAGCGCAACCCCUAGAUGAAACCACGGAUCCAGAGUCGUCUCCAGGUAUCACCUCAAACAGCAGAUCUACAGUUAUAUGGGUGGUGUACCCAGUAGAUAGUUUUCCUGCGGACGGAACACAUCCUAUCCAGCAACUUCUCGAAUCUUUCGGACCUCAAUCGGUGACGAAAUUACAUAAGGAAACUUCGACGAUCAUUGGCAUAAUGUUUUGGACGCUACUUGUGACGCCGUCGGAAGUGAAGAUGCUAGAGGAAAGUUCUUUGGUCAUUUCUGUAUCGCCGCAGAUAAGCUGUAACAUAUAUGAAUAG